CUCUGUCCAAGAAUUAUGGGACUCGCGCUCUGCGGAGGAGAAGAGCAGAGCAGAGAAGAGAAGAGAAGCGAAGCGAAGCGGAGAGAAGGGGAGAGAAGAAACGAGAAGAGAUGAGAAGAGAACAGAAGAGAAGCGGCUGUAGCUCCCCGAGAGCAAGCGCGACCCAUCACACACCUGCCUCCGCUCCUUGUGCGCCUUGCAUCAGUAUAAUGAAAAUGUUGUGCAACGACACACACGCUGCUGGCGGUGAAACCCCGUGUGGCAGGGCAGGCGCGGGUGUAGGCAGCCAGCCACCUCAUAUUUCCCUCCCUCCACUCUAGCCACCUCCAACUUUUCUUCACAUCUCCGUCUUCCACCAACAAACACCUCCUGCUCGUCUAUCUUCAUCAGCAUACCGUCCGUCGCUUCAUCAUCUCACCGUCGCUGCAUCAUCACCAGACACCUCCGCCAACAUGCGUUACGCCGUUGCCGCUGGCGCCCUCGCGCUCUUCCACCUCGCUGCCGCCGAUGCCACCGUGACCAUCACUGAGGUCUCCAUCCUCAUUCCGUCCGACUGCGUGGCUAGCCCCACCGUGGCGCCGGUGCCCUUUCCGAGCAGUGGGACUGCUACGACUACCGCCCAGUCUACCUCCGUCGUGGAAUCGACUGCAACUGUCACUGGCAGCACCAGCACCAGCACCAGCGUCGCAUCGACUGCCGCCACCACCGAAGUGGUACCAACUGCUCCAGGUCCAGUAACCUCCGAGACUCCGUCGCCAUCUGCUCCCAGCACCGAGGCCGGUCCAGCGCAGACCACCUUGUCCACCAGCUCCACCGCUGCUACGGGAGGCACCGCUGCCACGACCACGACCACUGGUCCCGCGAGCAGCAACGAAGUCAGCCCAACACAGGCCACUUCCACCAAGGCUCCGCCUGCGACUCAGACCGGAGCCGCCGACGUCAAGAAGCCAGGCGUCGUUGGUCUUGCUGCCAUCAUGGCGGCCCUCGUCUACAUCUGAGCGCAUGCGAUUGAGGAUCGGAGACCCACCCACUCCUUGUCCUUCUUUUCAACGACAUUCACGGCUGGACACGAAUUUGCAUGAGGAACCACACACACACGCAGCGUUGGUGCUAGGGGCGUCACAGGGCGAAUGGACGAAUGGUAUACCCCAUUUCGUGCAUGGUUAAUUAAUCACAGGGCAGGGAGCCCAAAAAUUUGCAUUAAGCGAGGAACAGCAGCAGCCCGGCGAGGCGAUGGAUGUGUAACUGUAGCUUUGAAAGUAAGGAUUGUCCCAACCAAAU